GCGCUACGCCUCGCGGUGCGCAAGUGCUAAGAGAGCUGAGGGGCAGGCAUGGCGGCGGGCCUGCUGCGGGGCUUGCCAGUGGCCGGAGGAGGCGAGAGUAGCGAUAGCGAGGACGAUGGCUGGGAGAUUGGGUAUCUGGACAAGGCGUGUCAGAAAUUAAAAAGGCCAUUUCCCACUGAAGAAAAGAGUGAAAUGUUCAAGAAGGCAUUGACUACCGGAGAUAUUUCCUUAGUAGAGGAGCUUCUAGAUUCUGGUAUUGACAUAGAGUCUAUCUUUUGUUAUGGAUGGACUCCUCUUAUGUAUGCUGCUAGUGUUGCCAACAUAGAACUGGUUCGGGUCCUUUUGGACAGAGGUGCUAAUGCAAGCUUUAAUAAAGAUAAGCAAACUAUUUUGAUAACUGCAUGUUCUGCUCGUGGCUCAGAGGAACAAAUCUUGAAGUGUGUAGAUCUGUUACUUUCAAGAAAUGCUGAUCCAAAUGUUGCUUGUAGGAGACUUAUGACUCCAAUCAUGUAUGCUGCACGUGAUGGUCACCCUCAGGUUGUUGCUCUCCUUGUUGUUCAUGGAGCAGACAUUAAUGCCCAGGAUGAGAAUGGUUACACUGCUUUAACAUGGGCAGCACGUCAGGGUCAUAAAAAUGUAGUUUUAAAGUUACUCGAACUUGGAGCUAAUAAAAUGCUACAAACCAAAGAUGGAAAAACACCAAGUGAGAUUGCAAAAAGAAAUAAACAUCUUGAGAUCUUCAGCUUUCUUUCUUUGACUUUGAAUCCAUUGGAAGGAAAGCUUCCACAGCUAACUAAAGAAGAGACUAUUUGUAAACUAUUGACAGCAGAUUCUGAUAAAGAAAAGGAUCACAUAUUUGGUUCAUAUACAGCAUUUGGAGACCUGGAGAUAUUUUUGCAUGGUCUUGGACUGGAACAUAUGACAGACUUACUAAAGGAAAAGGAUAUAACUUUAAGACACCUUUUGACCAUGAAAAAAGAUGAGUUUACAGAGAAUGGAAUUAGCAGUAAAGAUCAGCAGAAAAUUAUAGCUGCUCUUAAAGAAUUGGAGGUAGGAGAGAUAAAUUAUGCAGAUUUACCUGAUGUGGCAAAGUUGGAAAUCAGUGGUGAUGAGUUCCUCAACUUUCUUCUAAAAUUAAACAAACAGUGUGGCCAUUUAAUAACAGCUGUACAGAAUAUCAUUACUGAGUUACCUGUAAAUUCUCACAAGAUAGUACUAGAAUGGGCUUCUCCCCGGAAUUUCACUUCAGUUUGUGAAGAACUGGUUAGUAAUGUUGAAGCUUUGGGUGAAGAGGUCUGCAAAUUGAAAGACUUAAUUCAGAAGUUGCAAAAUGAACGAAAAAAUGAUCCAACUCAUAUACCAUUAAUGGAAGAAAUAUCUACAUGGAAGAGUAGAAUUUUGAAGAGCACAGCUAUUACAGUAUGCGGAUUUGGGCUGCUUCUUUUUGUUUGCAAGAUGACUUUCCAAAGAAAAUAACCCUAAUAUUUACGUUAUGUAGGUACAUCCUAUUUAAACUGCCCUAGCAUUGCUGUUAGUCUUUAGUGGCACAGCAUAACUUUAAAUUCUUUGCUCAUACUCCACAGGAAAACUUAGGAUAAAAUAAAGCA